AUACAAAACCCUCCACCCACCAAUGUCAUCCCCUCCCCCACCCAACCCCACCACCGCCACCGCCACCGCCACCGCCGACUUCUUAAAAUCAGUAGCCCGUCAACGCCCCCGCAAACACACCCACCCAUCAAUCUACCAAACCUUCUACAACCCCCCUUUUCCCCCACCACCCAAUUCUUCAAGAGUUCUUUACCCUGUUGCAUCUUCCGGAAGAGGCUUUAUUCCCAACCAUCAGCACCCCACUUCUGAUCACAAUUUGGUGCCCAAUUCUGAUGCUUUUCCACCCCGUCCUGCCUCCGCUUACCCCUACCACCCUUUCGCCUCCAAUUCCGAUGUUUCCGGUCACUUGGGUAAUCCAUCUCACGCGAAGACUGCUGCUGCUGCUUCUGCAAACCCUAAGGUUGUUGGUCCAUCGUCAGUUGCUGCUGAUAAUAGCUUAAAAAAUACAAGGGAUAAGAAUGGAGACGAUGCUUUCGUUGUUAUUAGAGAUAGAAAGGUUCAAGUUUCUGAGGGCACUUCUCUUUAUGCCCAAUGCCGUUCUUGGUUGAAGAAUGGGCUUGUUUUGGAAAAACCACCACAAUAUGUGGAUCAUGUGAAGUCUCUUCCAAAGCCACUGCCUGCAUCCAUGGUAGAACCGAGAAAUGACGACGACAUGGAAACAGAGGAGAAAACCGAAGAUGUCGAACACUUGUCUGCUAAGGAGCUGCUGCAACAGCAUGUUAAGCAUGCAAAAAAGGUCCGGGCAAGAUUAAGAAAUCAAAGGCUGCAAAGAAUCGAGAGGUACAAAGACCGUCUCGCCCUACUAUUGCCCCCGGUUGUGGACCAACAGCCAAAAACCGACCCAACUUCUUAAACCGGGCGGUAUCAAUAUGUCAAUGGUUUACUAAACUAUGCAACAAUCAAUAGGAAUGAUCUGAUUUUCUGAGAUUUUGCUUUUUGUGAUCAUUAAUUAUGGCAGCUUUCAUUUCCUCAUGAAUGCCAUUGGAAUUUAUUGGUCUCCUUUGCUGUGGAAGUUUAAUCUUUGGUGUGAUCAUUAAAUUA